UUAAGUAUUGCUGCUGCCCCUAUUCCACAGCCAACCAAGUUCAAGUUCCUGCUAAACUUUGCUCCAAAAAAUGGCUGCAGAGAUGGCCUUAGUAAAACCCAUCUCCAAAUUAAGCCCUAAAUUCAGCAACCCACCAAGAUUAUUGUCAUCACAUGUCAAGUUCUCCACCAUCACCGCCAUGUCAUCCACCACUUCACAGCCCACCACCACCACAAGAAAGCCAUUAAAGAAAUUGGGGAAGCAAGCUAUUAAGGAGAGCCUGCUGACGCCAAGGUUCUACACUACUGACUUUGAUGAGAUGGAGAUGCUAUUCAACACUGAGAUCAACAAAAACCUGAACCAGGCUGAGUUUGAGGCUCUGUUGCAGGAAUUCAAGACGGAUUACAACCAGACCCAUUUUGUCAGGAACAAGGAGUUCAAGGAGGCUGCUGAUAAACUCCAAGGCCCUAUUCGCCAAAUCUUCGUCGAGUUCUUGGAGAGGUCUUGCACUGCUGAGUUCUCUGGAUUCCUUCUCUACAAAGAGCUUGGAAGGAGGCUUAAGAAAACCAACCGAGUGGUGGCUGAGAUAUUCUCUCUUAUGUCAAGAGAUGAAGCUAGACAUGCUGGGUUUUUGAACAAGGGAUUAUCUGAUUUCAAUUUGGCACUGGACUUGGGGUUCCUGACAAAGGCCAGAAAGUACACUUUUUUCAAGCCAAAGUUCAUCUUCUACGCAACAUAUUUAUCUGAAAAAAUUGGAUACUGGAGAUACAUAACCAUAUAUCGACAUCUCAAGGCCAAUCCGGAGUACCAACUUUAUCCCAUUUUCAAAUACUUUGAGAACUGGUGCCAGGAUGAGAACCGCCAUGGUGAUUUCUUCUCUGCAUUGAUGAAGGCACAGCCCCAGUUCCUCAAUGACUGGAAGGCUAAGUUGUGGUCUCGCUUCUUCUGCCUAUCGGUUUACGUGACAAUGUACCUCAAUGAUUGUCAACGCACAGCUUUCUAUGAAGGCAUUGGGCUCAACACGAAAGAAUUUGACAUGCAUGUCAUCAUCGAGACAAACCGCACAACAGCUAGGAUUUUCCCAGCUGUGCCGGACGUUGAGAACCCAGAGUUCAAGCGGAAGUUGGAUCGGAUGGUAGAAAUUAAUGAGAAGCUGAUGGCGGUAGGGGACAGCGAGGACAUUUCGUUGGUGAAGAACUUUAAGAGGAUCCCACUUAUUGCUGCACUAGCUUCUGAGCUUUUGGCUGCAUAUCUCAUGCCUCCCAUUGAAUCCGGAUCGGUUGAUUUUGCAGAGUUUGAACCCCGGCUUGUUUACUGAUUUUUUUGGCAGAAGUCCCAGUACCAUGUUGUUCUGUGUGAAUUUGCUUCUGACUAUGAGCACAAGUGAUACUUGUAGAAACUGAGUAAAACAUUGUUGUUAUGAGAGAACCCCUUGUAUUCUGUAAUCAUAGACUUAUUUUAUCAAGUGUACCUACCAUGGGCUUUACAAUUUA